AGAAAGUCCGUUGCCCAUAGGCCCAUAGUCUUCAUCUCGUUCACCGGCAUUAAAAAGCAGAAUUGGCUUUGGUUCGACUCAGAAUCAUCAGACAUCAGAUAUUUUCUUGUGUAUUAAAUCUUAAUUUCUUACGGCUAUUUGUAAAUUACAUAGGCCGCAUCUUAAAGAUGUCUCAAGAAGAAAGUCUACCCGAGGGAUGGGAAGCUCGCAAGAGCCGAAGUACAGGUAUGACAUAUUACCUGAACUCCCACACUAAGAAGUCACAGUGGGAGAAGCCAGAGGGCCCUGCUCCUAUGGAAGAGGAAGAUGAUGAUGGCAGUUCUCCAAAGAAGGUGCAGUGCAGCCACUUACUGGUGAAGCAUGAAGGCAGUCGGCGUCCAUCAUCAUGGCGUGAGGAUAAUAUCACUCGCUCGAAGGAGGAAGCUCUUGCUAUUCUCUCAGAAUACCGUCAGAAAAUUGUCAACAAGGAAGCAACAUUUGAAGAGCUGGCCAAACAAUACUCUGAUUGCUCAUCAGCCAAGCGCGACGGGGACCUGGGCAUGUUUAAGCGAGGCCAAAUGCAAAAACCUUUUGAGGAUUGUGCUUUCUCUCUGAAGAUAGGACAGCUCAGCCAGCCGGUUGAGACGGAUUCAGGAGUCCACAUUAUUCUCCGAACUGCUUAAAUCAAUAAGCAACUUGUUCACACACUGGUUCAUCUUACAUUCAUGCAAAAUUUAAACAGUUAACAACAAUUUAGAGCUCCAUGUAAUAUGUGUGUUGUUAACUAGCAAUAGCAGUGUCUAUAAUUUACCUAAGCACAAAAUGUCCUUAAAUUUUGUUUCUUUUAAUAUUAGGCCAAAGUCUCCCAAGUUAUGAAUUACAAUAAACACGACAUACUUAGGUCUUAGUAUCGGAUAACUUAUUUUUUGUUUACAGAAUGCAUUAUAUUAUGAUUAUAAAAUAAACAAAGAUUGUUAGUGGGGUUUACUGGGAGUAUAAUAUAUCCAUAUAUUUAAGGGAUAAGUUUAAAUGCUGAUUCAUACACAGUAAGAUCUACUCAUAAAUUUAUAAAUUGUAACCCUCCAGAAAAUUCAGACAGAUUUCAGAGUUAUUACUGUUAUUAGCACUUGAGAUGAUCAUCAAAAUGUGGCGCUAGGAGAGCGUCAAUGAAAUAUGCAUUUAAAGAUUUUUAUGAUAAAGGUUCGAGUAGCAUACUACUAAACACAAUGAUUAAUAAUUGUGUUAGGUUUGAUGAGGCUUAGUUUUCACCAGCUAGAAAAUACUUGGAUACAGCAUUCAUCUUUACAGUGAAUUAAUUGUACUUAGUACUUUAAAAUGAAAUCUUUUCUAAUUUAUCUGUACCUUAUCUUGGAAUAAAAAACUUGUUUUUAC